ACCUCCAAACUCAGUCAUGCAUAUGAUGAACCAUCGAUUCAGCUCAGGAAGUAAAAAAAUCCAAGUUCUAAUGAUCAAGUUCAACAUCUCAUUCGAUCCACAUUUGGGUACUAAAGCAACUCAAGUCAAACAAAGUUCCAAAUCUCAUCAUAAACAGCAGAACACAUGUAACCUAAUCUCAAAUUCCACUUCUCAUCCAUGGCGAGCUUUUUUUCUCGGCGGUUCAUUCAAUUAAUUUGACUUUCUCUAAAGAAAAGCUUCCAACAUAGAAAUAAAAUAAGAAGGAAUCGAAAGGCUUCUGUACCUUUUUCAAGCUCUGUAAGCAACGAACGAGUUGUUCGAGUAGUUUCCCCUAGUCAAUGCAGUCAAAAUCGAGAUUUUACAUAAAAUCGAAAAGUGAGGUAAAAUCGGAAUCGUAGAUUAAAAUCGUAAAAUCGUAAGUUUUUAAAGUUCAUACAAUAAUGAACACUUUAAACACCAUAUAGUAAUAACAAUCUAUAUCAUGAAUAACAGUCAACCACAUAUGACCUAAUUACUUCCCAAUAUAAGUUUGUUUGCCAAAUAAACACCAAUAAAUGCAUAGAUUUAUUCUUGUACAUUACAAAAACACACAAAUAAGCAACAUGAAAACUCGUAGAAAUCAUUUAAUUUGGUUAGUAGUUAAGAUUAUAAAAUCACAUAAGAUGGUUAGGAUCAACAUUAGGUUCAGUUUAUGCCGAGGUUGUAACCGACAUCGACUUCCUCAAUCUUGGGCCCCAAAGCGAUUUGAAGUGCCCAGUUUAUAGUAAUCUUCUUUUUUGACGUUGCCUCUGAUCGCUUCCUGCAAAAAAGAGCCUGCCGGCCGAUCUCGGCGGGGGCACCCUCCGACGCUCAAGUUAGUCCUUAGUGUGUGGGAUUGAGUAGUUUACAAGGUGUUUGCAAGAGGUGAGCUCGGGGGGGGGGGGGGGGGGUGAGAGUCACUGAUUGCAGUAGGCGCUCACAGGGUACUUCCCCCGGUCUCUUGCCUUACCUUUCAUUGGAGAGAAUGAGCUAGUUAUAUAGUAACUACGAGGGGGGGGGGGGGGGGGGGACAACGGGAGGACAGGUGUUGGCGCGGAGAUGAAGGAAAGACACUUCACUGGACAUGUGUCGUCUAGGCCCAUCUGCUCCCGCCACGUGAUUGUACACAUGUCAAACAUGUUUCUGCCUAAGGGGAACACUCUUACCACAUGCAAACUGAUUGAGUAGAGGGCAUGACACAUGUGCAGGUAGGGGUGUUCAAACGGAUUGGUUACCGUGGUAACCAUAUUAAUUGGUAGCAUUCGGUUAAUUUGGUUUAGUGAAUUUGGAUAAUUGGUUUGGUUACACAAUUUAGCUUAUUUGAUUUGGUUUGGUUUCAACAUUGUUAACCAAUGAAACCAAGUAACCAAAUAAUGAUACACUUAAUAUACAAAAUUAUUUGGGUUAAUACCUUAGUUUGGCCUGAACUAUACACAUACUUUCUACUUUGGCCUGUGGUAUUGAAAUUGCUAUUCUGGCCUGAACUAUGUAACAAACUUCCUCAUUUGGCCUGGAGGCGGGUUUGACCAUCAAAUUAGACGGUCAAACCUGUUGACCGUCAAAUUAGACGGUCAAACCUGUUGACCGUUAGUCAAUGUCCACCUCACCUGCCACGUCAGCUUUGUGGACAUAAAAAAUAAUUUUUUUUAUUUCUGAAUUUUGUUUUCUUUCGAUUAAUAAAAAUAAUAAAUAAAUAAAAUUAAUUAAAAGAACGAAAAAAUGGCCCAUUUUUAGCAAAUGACAAGAAAACAAAAAUCAGAAAUAAAAAAAUAUAUUUUUUAUGUCCUCAAAGCUGACGUGGCAGGUGAGGUGGACAUUGACUAACGGUCAACAAGUUUGACCGUCUGAUUUAACGGUCAAAUCCGCCUCCAGGCUAAAUGAGGAAGUUUGCUACAUAGUUCAGGCCAGAAUAGCAAUUUCCAAUACAACGGGCCAAAAUAGAAAAUAUGUGUAUAGUUCGGGCCAAACUAAGGUAUUAACCCAAAUUAUUUAUACUUCCAUGCAACCAACCAAACCAACGCAUUAUGUCAAAAAUUAAAUGGGUCUGCCUAUUUACUAAACCAAAAUAUUUUGGACAGCUACUAGACUUUAGGAUUACGUACAAUACCAUGACAGACACAUCAAACUAUGUAUAGUUUUAAGUGUUUUGUAGGAGAGCUUUAACUCCCUAAUGAGCAGCAUUUGUAUGUAUUUAAUAUUUAUGUUAAGGAUUUGUUGUAAGCUAACUAUAUUAGGUGCAGACAUAAUGAAUGAUUUAUUGUCGUAAUGUUAGUAUAAGUGCGUAUAUAUUAGAAUGUUGGUUGGAGUUAUGAAGAUAAAUUAUUAAUCAUGCAUGAAUAGUCAUGAAUACCCGACACCCGAUCGGUAUGGACCAAUCCAAUCCAAUCCAAUCCAAGCUGAAAGCAACAAAAUAAAAUUGACAAAGAUUUCUCUUUUUUAAAAAAAAAAAAUAUGUAAGAGAAAUGAAAGAGAUACAGCUUCCACUUCCCAAUUUGUAGAAGUUUGUAGUGUGGGCGGCAAUAAAUAACAAUAUAACAUCCCACAUCACUGUGUAAGUAUAUGCAGGGACGGGAAUAAUAACCUUUUUAAUUUACUUUGCUAAUUUUCUUCCCUGCUUUUGCAAUUUGCAUGCAGGUUUGUUGUCUUUCGUCGAGGAAUCCAAAGCCCCAACCUACCUUUGCAGCAUCGGCAUAGGUGGGAUUUGAUGAAUAAAGUAGCUAAAGUACGUAAAUAGCGCGGAGAAGAAAAGAAAUAUCAUUUGAGCUUUUUUUAGUUUAAUAUAUUUGUAUGGCUUGAACUUUGACCAAAAUAAACAUCCUACAAUAAUAAUUUAAAGUUGUUGAUGUGACUUGAAUCGGACUAUCAGCCGCUACGACUGGUAAUCGGGGGUCUCGCUGACCCAUAUGCUAGUGCAGUAGGUAGCUUGAUGUACGCUAUGGUAUGCACUAGACCCGAUCUUGCACAUGCUGUUAGUGUUGUCAGCAGGUUUAUGAUACAACCUGGGAAGGAGCAUUGGCAGGCUGUGAAGAGGAUCUUCCGGUACCUUAAGGGUACACCUGAUGUGGGGAUUAGCUUCGAAAGUGAUACAGAGUGCUUGGUGUCUGGGUAUUCUGACUCGGACUAUGCUGGAGAUGUUGACACGAGAAGAUCGAUGACCGGUUAUGUAUUCACUCUUGGGAGUUCUGUAGUGAGCUGGAAGGCAACUUUGCAGUCGGCGGUGACAUUGUCUACUACUGAGGCAGAGUAUAUGGCGUUGACAGAAGCUGCUAAGGAGGGAAUAUGGUUGACGGGACUGGUUGGUGAUCUUGGUCUACAUCAUGAUCAGGCAGUGGUAUAUUGCGACAGUUUGAGUGCAAUAUGCUUGGCCAAGGAUCAAGUCCACCAUGAGAGGACUAAGCACUUGAUGUGAGGUAUCAUUUCUUGAGGACAGAGAAGAGGAUUAAGGUGAAGAAGGUUGGCACCGCGGAUAAUCCUGCUGAUAUGUUCACGAAGCCGGUUCCACAUGGCAAGUUCCAACACUGCUUGGACUUGCUGAAUGUUUUGAGUGGGUGACUCCGCCUUGCGGGGCAUUGAUGGCGGGAGAGAGAGAGAGAGAGAAGGAGCAGAGUACAUCAAAGAUUUCAGAGGAAGAGGAUUCAAGUCAGGGUGGAGAUUUGUUGAUGUGACUUGAAUCGGACUAUCAGCCGCUACGACUGGUAAUCGGGGGUCUGUAACAGUUUCCUUUGCUAGAUUGGAUUAGGUUUAGACCCACAUGGAGAAGUACUAUAAAUACUUCUCAUACUC